UGGAUCGAGGAUGUUUACGCGCGUGCCUCAAUUGCAGACUAUAUGCAGAUAGCCAAUGAGCAACACUAUGAAGUGUUUACGAAGCUUAUUGUUCGAGUCUCCUGCCUAGGUCCAUCCGCCAAAUAUUCUUCUUGUCUGCAACAGGCAGAAAUUUUGGUGUUAGAAAGCCGCCGCGAGAAAACACAGCUGGCAGAUAGGAUGGAUGUCCUUGACCCUCCAUCGAUUCCGCUCAGGUGA